GGGACGAAUCUGUGGAUGCGUUUCGCAACCAGUCUGGAGUUUUCCGCUGCACUUGGCUGCAUAUCUGGAAGGUGACAAGCGCCCUGCAACGAGUCAGGGCGAAUCCUGCACACUUUAUGAUGACAUUAACAAUGCGUAAAAAUGCAAACGUACUUUGUCAGCGGGCAUAUUGACUAUUGUGGCAACCUGUGGAUUCCCUUACAGUCACCCCACAGCUCUGAUAAGAGUAAGUCGAAGACGUUCCCAACUUUUUGAUGCUAUCAAGUUUUAUCUGCCAAACUUUCACGCGCAGCCGGUCGUCAUGUUGCAUAAAUUUGGCUCACACAGCGCCGGUGUUCCGGUCUCCAGUGCAGACCUGCAGCUUAAGCUGACGGACAACAAGAGCGGGCUGGUCACAGCAGGGAUGGGGAUGGAGAGUGGAACUGGGAAGAAACUCAUAGAGAUUACUGGACCAGCUUUAUCCAAGAGGAAACUUCUGGUGGGCUUGGACCUCCUCUGUCUCUUUCUUGGUAAAUAUUAGUGCAAAAACUACUACACAUACUGUGCAUUUGAUUAAGUUACUUGCAAAGCUUGUGUGUAACAGUGUUAUUUCAGCAUGUAGUUUGAGAUUGUUUUGUGUGUUUAAGAAGUACUGACACAAGUCUUUUGGAAAAGAAAAGAAAAGGCAUGUUUGAUUUUGCGCAUGGUUUGUUCCACCCGGAACACAGCCACUUUCAAUAACAAAGCAGCCCAAUUUUCUUUUAUUCGUGAACAUCUUCGGUCUUUUUGAAACUGCUGCACCAAAAAGAGUUACCUCUUCUUUGCUAGGCAUGCGGGAAAAUAACCUGGAUUUAUUUCUCACGACUUGAUUGCGCAUUUGUAGGCCAAACACUUGGAAAACUAUUGAGGAAGGGGCUUUCCAAUCAAAUUUUCAGUAUCAAGUUAAUUGGUUUGUUUCAAUUCUUACCAUCCCUUUAGUUUUACUGGGGGGCAAAGGGUGAACCUCUUUGAAAGGUGACUGCUCAGACUGAUGAGGGCUAACAUAAACUAAAAUUAGUUCUGCUCCGCUUUGUUUGCAUUCAUUUCCAUUCAGUCGACAAAUGCAGCAAAUUAUGAGUCUGAAAUAUAUCAGCAACAAAUAAAAACAAAAGGCAAAAAGUUUUCCGACUUCUCCAUCAGCAUAGAUCCCUAGCUCUCUGUUUUCCGCUCGUGCGCGCUCUCGAGCGAUCCGUGCCAGCCUGCUCGUUCAUUGCCCAGGGAAUUCUACAGUUUCCAUGGCAACCUUUAGUUCUCAGGGUAGUGCCGGGCCGAGGGGGAAUUGUAUGUGGUAUAAAUAAAUAAAUAAAUAAAUGCACGACCCACAAUGUGUACGCGCGCGUGUGGAAAGAUAUGUACGUGUGCGCACAUGAGUGUAAUUGGUGACCCUCCUCCCAUGGACCCUGUGAGUGACAGGAGGGAGCUUAUGUAAUGCUUACUAAUUGGAAAAAGCUGGGUGGAUGGAGAGGUAGUUUGUAUUAACAACAGAUUGGGCAUGUGCAGAUGGGAGGGUCUCCCUCUCUGUGCUGUGUGAAUGCAUGAAUGCAAGACCGAGGAGGAGAAGGAGAAGGAGAGGUGUGUGCACAGAGGGGUGCUGUGGUGGGGAGGUGGACAUGGAGAGACAAACAGAGACAGUGUGUGGCUGGCUCUGGCUCUGCUUUGCUGCGGCAUUCGCUCUUUGUGUUCUAGGGGAAGAGUUGAACUGAAGUCACAAACAACUCCCCUUUCUCUUCUCAUAAACUGAAGUGCACAUUCACACACACAUGCACACAUGCACACAAAUGCACAGCCCAAUCUAGGUCUCUGAUGAGCUCUGGCUCCUUCUCUUUUCUAUUUACAGACCCCCACAUUCCUAAUCGCUGUCUGACUGAUGAUGAUCUCCAGAGAAAAAGUCAGGGUUCCCAUCCUUGUUUUCCUGUAAAACUAUUCCCAGUGUGACUUGUCUCAUUCCUCCAGUAUCCCUCUUUCACUGUGACUGUCUCAUUUUGAGAACCCUCUGUAUUUUCAGUUUCUAACCAGACUUUCAUCUGCAAAAUGUAGGGCUUACUGUGUGUCUCUUUGUAGAUGACAGUCAUGAGCAUCCCAUUCAUACUGGUGUUGUGUAUGGGAUAUCAGUGAAUCAGUGCUGUUAUGAAAACAGUGAAAAAGUACUUAAUGUUUGCACACAAACACACAUGAAUGACUUGUUUGACUAGUUGCAUUGUCGAUGUAAAAGGUAAAACAAAGUUGACUAAAAAAAGGAAAUGUGGUACAAUGAAAAACAAAGAAGCCACUGGCAGUUGCAACAUAACCUCAAGUAGUAACAUAAGUAGUUGAUUAGAGCUAGGGAUCCUCUAAAGCAGCCAAUUUAUUCAAUAAAUAUUGCAAUUUUUUUAGGACUACAUAUAAAAAGUGGACACCCUCUCAAGUAAGUAGUGUGGAUCAUUAGUCAGUUUGCUGAGUUAAUUAUGCUGGAAUUGUCUCAGAAUUCUGCAUCUUGUUUCAUCCACGUGAUGCCGUCCAGUUUUUUACUGCCAUGAUGCUACGAUGCUCUACUAUCUGAUACAAACAAGCUCAAAAGCCAACUCAUAGCAAGGCAUGAUUUUGUAGUAUUUAGAUCUAAAAACUGAGACAUGUAGGCUGUGUCUGGUUGGUCUGGUUGAUCUGAAAUUAUAGGAAAUGAGAACCCCCCAAUAACUUUUAAAAACAGAGCUUCACAGAAAAAAGAGGACUUGAGCACAAACCAGUCUUACAAUAACUACACGUCAACAUCGCAAGCAGGGGGGAGAAAAAAUUAUGUUCUGUGUAAUAAAUUUCUAAAGUUUGUCCACAGCUCCAUAAGCUUUGCUGGCGGAGGAUUUAUGACCUAUACUGCAGCCCCGUCAACAGAGGGUGCUGUUCUCGGAGUGGCUUCAUCCACCAAGGAGGCAGACCAUAGACUGUAUAUAGAAUGGACGCCAUCUGCCUCCUCGCUGGGUGAAGCCACUCCGAGAACAGCACCCUCUGUUGAUGGGCUGCAGUAUAGGUCAUAAAUCCUGCCUCCGCCAGCAAAGCUUAUGGGGCUGUGGACAAACUUUAGAAAUUUAUUACACAGAACAUAAUUUUUUCUCCCCCCUGCUUGCGAUGUUGACGUGUAGUUAUUGUAUGACUGGUUUGUGCUCAAGUCCUCUUUUUUUCUGUGAAGCUCUGUUUUUAAAAGUUAUUUGGGAGUUCAUGUUUGCUAUGAUUGAUACCUGAUACAGCCUAUGGGCUUUCAGGGAUUGCGUAGCUCUCCAGGGGUACACGCUGUUUGAGCCGAGCGUCAUCACAGCGACUCUCGGCGACUGCGUGGCCAAAUGGGCGCAUCGCUACUGCGCAGCGCUGGUUUCAGGAAAUGAAGAAAAAUUCCGGAAAUACCGAGAGCUAUUUGGCUUCAAAUCCGUAUAAACCAAGUUGUCCAAAGUAUAUACAGUCUAUGAGGCAGACUCUGUCCAUUCUAUAUACAGUCUAUGUGUUUACCAGCAGACUCCCUGUCACAAUGUAAGCCGUGUUAAUUACAUUUUAUUCAAUGGCAUUUUUUUUUGAGUGUCCCCUCUUUUACAAAAGUGGGAACCAAAAUCUGCCUAAAAGGCACAAAGCAAUAACUGGCCAGUCAGUUAUCAGGGGGGUCAUACCACCCAAGGUCAUCCCUCUCGAUUCAUCUCUGAUAUUUCAAGGGAGUAGUCUAUAAAAAUAACUUGUAGUUGAACAAAUUUCAAACUUUGGCAGCAUGAAUUUCCCAACUAUAUUUUAAGUACUUUCUCUCAAACUAAGCUGACCAACUGACUCAGACACUUUGAAUGUUAUUCUUCAGAAAAACAUUGGACGUUUGCGCAAAGAUGAGUCUGAACAAAGUUUUGUCAGGGUUUUUGUUAGAUAGCUAUGAAGCAGCCCUGAAAUAUUUCCAAUAAUGCCUCACCCAUUUCCAUACAUGGACAACACUGAAUUACUUGUGACCUAUGAGAUAGUAAGACAAACAUUAAUUCUCUAAGGUUGCAGACCGUCUUUCUGUUGUUUGUCAGUUCCCCCAUUCUACGUUUCUCUUUUCUCCUCAUAUUUCUCACGCACACUCUUCUGUUUCUCAUCAGAUAGAGGAAUGUUUAUACUCCCAGAGGGCAUUGUUGUGAAACUGAACCUCUCUCCUUUCUCCUCCUUGCAGCUUCCAUUCCAUUUUUUGCGUGUGAACUGAAGGCAGUGAGUCCAUAUAGGAGGGGCUUCAUGUGCGGAGACCCCAGCAUCACCUACCCUUACCUGCACCGAGAAGCCAUAUCUGAUGAGUUACUCAUAGCUGGUGGCAUCAUCAUCACUGGCCUCACUGUGAGCACAGACAUCCUAAUUGGACUCUCUCUUUUGUACAAAGGGAUGUGAAAUGAUGGUUCUGACUGUGUGCUUGCCUACAGAUUGCCCUCGGGGAGUGUUACCGAGUUCGAUUCCGCAGUGUGAGCUCCAAGGCCUUCGUAAGGAACUUGUAUGUGUCGUGUCUGUACAAGGAGCUGGGCUGCUUCCUGUUUGGCUGCUGUGUUGGUCAGUCGCUCACCAACAUGGCCAAGCUGAGCGUUGGGCGGCUGCGUCCCCACUUCCUGUCUGUGUGCGGGGUCACAUAUGAGUCACUUAACUGUACACUUGGAACUUAUGUUGCAACAGUGAGCUGUCGCCAACCUGAUCAUCGGUUGGAAGAGGAGGCCAGGUGUGUGUGUGAGAGACUAUGUUUAUACCAUUGACUGUAUAUAAAGAUGGACAAUAAGUCUCUACCUCCUCCUGAUGUACAAAAGUGAUGCCAAAAAUACCCUUUUUGGUGGAUGCUGACAGUUUGUAUAUUUUUGCCAUCGACUAGUCUUUUCCGUUAAGCUAAUUAAAUUGCAUGUGGAUAGAACUGUUGCUCCCCCACUCAGCAAAAUUUGCUGCAACAAUGUAGCUGUAAGUCAUGCCCCUGCAUGUUAUUUUAUAGCAUUAUAUAACAAUUUGAAACUGACCUUUUCAAAAAUCUGAACACUUGUACUAAAACUACCAUGAUAGAAAAUAGAUUCAGCAACCAUAUUUCAAUAAGGACCACUUCUGUCAAAGAGAAUGAAUUAUUUUCACGCUCUAAAUUACAUUUGGCGAUGUGGUCUUGUUCUGAGAGCUUCCUGCCCUUCCACACGCAUAUGUAGAAAUCCAAAGCCUCUGGUGGGGUGAGUACACCUCAUAGCUGUUUCUUACAUGAAAAGCCAAGGCAGGGAGUACAUCAGUGGCAAUACACAUGACACAAGUAAAACCAGACACAGCUUAAAAAAGAGGAGGUAGAGGUGGGUUGUGCAGUGAUUUGCAAAAGAAUGAGGCAAGGUAGAGUGGGCAAGCGAAAGCCGUUCAAACAGAAUGUCUGUUUUGAGUCUAGCAAACUGGAUGCGUGAAAGGUAAAUAGUGGGCACAAGGAUCAGCACUUGAACUGAGGGCUAAGCUUGACUUAUUGGCUUGCUCCAAUUAAUGCAAUACUCAAUAUAAGGAAAUUUAAUUGAUGUGUAUUUUAAUUUUCAUAUUUUGACUCUCAUCCCAUUUGUCAACAUGGAGGAGGCAGUCAGUGUGACCCAUGCUGUAGUGCAGUGAAUAAGAAGUGGAAGCUCUAGACGGCUAUCAUGUUGUCCAUGCUUUUAUACAGUCAAAAGUUUGUGAGAUGUUAAAAUUAUUACAGGAAAUAGAUUAAGAAGAGGAAAAGUAACUGGCGAAACAAUACAGAUUUACUGUAUUUUAUUCGUCAUUGCAUUAUAACUGUCCGAAGCAGCUUUCUAAACACCAUGGAAGCUGAUGACAAACGGCUGCCUAGCUUUUUCCUUUUUCAUUACUUGAUCCAUCUUGAAAGAGUUAAUGAAUACAGCAUGUCUUUUAUAUUGAUUUUUUUCAAUAUUAUUCUAAAUACUUUUCAAUUUAUUUUAGGAAGUCCUUCUUCUCCGGCCACGCCUCCUUCGCCAUGUACACAAUGCUCUAUUUAGCAGUGAGUAUUUCCAUUCAGCUACUACUUUUCUUCCUUUUUCAUACACUUUCUCUAUCUCUCUCACACACAAAGGCUGGCAAACACAAUUUACUAUCUCUCUAAUAUCCAAUUACCAUAUCUGUAGAAAAUGGGGAGGGCAAAUGAAUGAAGCAGGCAGCCAUCAUCGGUCCAGUUAGCAGCAGAAAGAAAAGAGACAGAAAAAAGGAGAGAGAGAGAGAGAGAGAGAGAGAGAGAAGGAGGACUGGGAGUAGAAAUGGGACAAACAGAGACAGCUUUGUUCCACUGUGGGAGGAGUGUGACCUCGCCUCACCGCCUCACUGCUCUCCCCUUUGUGUGUGUGUGCAUGUGUGUGUGUGUGCGUGCGCCCCUGUAUUGAAAUGUGUUUAUGGAGGCUGAUGUGUGCUGGAGCUAGCAUAUGUACAUGUGUGCAUACAGAAUAUUAAUGUGUGCACCAUCUUGUGUGUGUGAUAUCUUGUGGGCUCGCUCAUUUUCUCCAACUGUCACCCUGUUUCAUGGAGCAAAAGUGCUGUGAUACAUUCAGCAUGAGGUAAACGGGUAGAUGAAAAACAAGGCACAUUCAGUCACUGCAACAAUAAGCAUUAAGGAGCUUUGCAAUUUUUGUUUUAUUGGAGGGCACCAUACUCUGCUUUAUUUGAUAGAAUGCACCUUACUGGUCUGGUGCAAACAAUAUUAAGAUUUGAAUCUGUUGUUUGAACAAAAUGGGACUGGUUAGUGAUGUCUAGCAGUCAGAAAAGCUCCUAUGCUCACACCUCCCUUCUGUUCAACAACAAUGGGUACCAAUGGCAAAAAAGCUCUAAUGAUGCAUUCUCGGUGUGCUGCUGCUUUUGUCAAGUAUUUCCUAUCAAAAGUGUAAACAAAAAUGAUGCUGGUGCUGCAGCAACCCCUGUUGAAUGCUUUUGUAAUAGAACAAUAAGUUGCAUUGAAGUAAAGGUAUGCAUCAUGGUCAUUGGAGCUUGUGUUGAUUUGGAGGCAGCUAUUUUCAAAGUAGCUAGCUAUCACAGGAGCACAGAUAGGAAAUUUGAAUUAAAGUUAGCUAUCACAGGAGCACAGAUAGGAAAUUUGAAUUAAACAACCAGUCACUGAAAAGAGCCCAACAGAAGAUUAUCUUCUGAGUUCUAAGCUGUUUGGAGUCUGGUAACUGGAGUGCAGGUAGAUGAAGUCAAAGAAAAGGUUGUAUUAUUUGCAGCUGCCAAGCAUUUCAACAUAAAAAUUUAAAUUGUAUUUUUGCACUGCUACCUUCACUGAUAAUUAAUACAUUUUAGCCCCACUACUCCACAACCCUAGAUGUCAUUGUGAAUGUCUUCAAUUUAAAAAAAAAUUAAAUGGUAAGGCAGGGCAAGUAUUUAUAGCACCGUUCAUACACAAGGCAAUUUAUAGUGCUUCACAAUUUAAGAUUAAUAAGACAAACACAUACAUUUUUUCGUCUGUUCUGUGUUUGCCCGAGUUAUUCAUGAAAACCGUUGUUUUCCAGAAAAAACGAAAUAAGUCUCAAGCUUUCAGUCCCGUAGCUCCCCAGCACUCAGCCCGAGUCUCCAAGACCUUGGUGCACAGAGGGUCCCUGACCUGGAGUACACAAUUUUGGCUUAGAGAAAUUAUAUCAUGGAUGUCUAAAUUAUAGCUACUGAUAAUAGUGUUUUGCUCUAAUCUUUGGCCUCUUCGAAUUCACUUUCAGCCUUUUUGUUUUGCACUCAGGGGGUUUUCCUGGUUUUCUAGUUUUGUUCACUGAAGUCACCAGAAACUAAAUCUAAGAAAACUCCUUGAUAUAACACACACACACACACACACACACACACACACACACACAAUGAAGACUCUCGCACAGCUUUCUGUAAUAAUGAAAGUACUGGUCAUCAACUUAAACCAAAGAUGGUGCACGUGAUGAGUUUGCAUCAACACAGAUUGCCUUGACAGCAAUUUAAAGCAGAAGUCAGACUGUAAACAUGAGCUUGUGUUUGUGAAAAUAUAAAGUGGAAACACUUUGGGGUAAAAAAUAACAACUAUUAUUUUUCCUGUAGUUUUACCUGCAGGCGCGGUUUACAUGGAGAGGGGCUCGGCUGCUGAGGCCAGCGCUGCAGUUCUUCCUGAUUCUUCUGGCAGUCUACACAGGUCUGACACGCAUAUCAGACUACAGGCACCACCCGUCUGAUGUGAUCACAGGCUACAUACAGGGGGCACUCACUGCUUACUGGAUGGUCAGUAUUAUAAGACAUAUAAUCUUUUUCACGCACUUGGCAUGUUUCAGCGGAAACUUCUGCCUUCCUCGGAAGUGUUAGUUCGUUGUCGGUGUGACGCGUCAUAAGUGAUGCAAAACAGAACAUGACAGAUGAAGGACAACAAAUUAAGAAACAACUGGGGGAGACAAGACAAGACAGACACAAGCUAGGAUAACAGUUAAACUUUUUGUGUGUGUGUGUGUGUGUGUGUGUGUGUGUGUGUGUGUAUGCCUAUGUAUGAGUGCUUGUUUUAGGGAGAUAUAUAAAACAGAUGACAUUUGAAAAUAAAAAAAACUAACUAAUAAAAUUAAAAAGAAUGAUGCAACAGAACAAAGGGACAAAGCAAAAACUAAAUAAAUAAUAGUAACAAAGAAAAAAAAAAUAUAUAUGCAUAAACAUAAAUAUACAUAUAGCUAUAACUCUUUGUUUUUGUUUUUCUCUUAAAUGUCCCUCUUUUUUUUUUUUUUGACACAUCAUAUUUUUUAACAGGAUGGUCACUCUUGUCAAAAAAAUUGACAGGAGGGUCACGCCUCCAUAUCACUAGCUGAUAUGACGCAUUACACAUACUGCCAAGUGACACUUCUGAUGAAGGCGGAAGUUUCCGCCGAAACAUGUCAGGGUACGUGAAAAAGAUGAUAGGUCAUUAUUAUUGAUCUGCUUGCAUUAUUUCAUGUCAAAAUGUCAACAUUUAAAGGUUGGUUCAUGUGUUUGUGUGUAUCCCAGGCCUUCCACAUCUCAUCCAUGUUUAAAAGCCCAAGUUCGGAUCUGUCUCCAACUGAGACCCCAGACAGUCCCCUGUCCCCCCACCACACUGUCUGCUAGACCUCUGACCACCACACCUACAUGGGCUGACAACAUCCACCUGCUCCUUGUCUGGUUUGGAACGACAGGAGAUUUGAAGUAUAUGAAAUAAUUUCCUGUGAAGUUAAACCUCAUACCUCAGCGUUCAGACAGACAGAGAGAGAAAGAGAGAGAUUUUAAAUGUGACUCAGAGGAGGAAAUGUUGUGACCUUGGAGAAGUGAAGCUGUAGGGGGCCAUGUGAGGUGUGUAGCCCGAGCUCUUAACCCCCUUGGAUUGACCACAGCCUCAUAUGUGACACUUACGUGAGAGGAAAGAUGACUGAAUCCUGAGAGCACCAACCACUACACCCCACCACUCUAAAGUACAAGACCUGUAAAUAUAUACAGAAUUUGUACAGCUUGAAUGAUACUGUAAAAGCACUUUUAUGUUAGUAUAAAUAACCACUUUGAUUUGGUAGAUAUAUGAAAUGUAUUUUAUACAAAAAUGUGAUAUAAUCUGUAGUUGUGUCUCUUUUUUUUCAUAAACCCUGUGAAUGUAAAAGUUGUGAAGGAAAGCACAAAAUAGUGAAAAUGCAACUGUUGUCCCUGUUGUGAUGUAGCAUUUACAUUGUGUAGAUAUGCAUCAGUCCUUCUGUUUGCAAAGUGUUGCAAAAGUAGUUUCAGUAAGGUAUGAAUGACUAAGUGUCUAGACCACAGAUUUAAUCCAUGUGUUUCAGAAGUAGGGAUAUUUAUCUGAUCUUUUUUUAUUUCUAAUGUACAGUAUGUCUCUAGACCUCUUGCCAGAGAGCAGACAGUUAUGGUAAUAAAUGUACCCUUUUUUUAAG